AUUAACGUCAGUCAAGUCGGGGCUCUGUUGAAUUUUUGUUCUUUGUUGUAUUGUGUGUGUAGUGAAAUAAUUGGUUCUUUUACAUUAAUUCUGAGAUCUUGGAAAUCAUUAAAAUAAUCGGGAAAGGUUUCUUAAAAGGUACAAACACUUUAAUAUACAGAAAAUAUGUUUUGAGUUGAAUGUAUUCAAUGAGUAUAAAUAUCAAGUGCUGCAACUAUUUUGAGCCGGCACCGAGAUGCUAUCUAAUGUUUAUUUAGAAAUCUUAUGGCUAUUCGUAACAUAUACAAUAAACAAUGUUAUCAGUGAAGAAGGUUUGGGUAAUCUGGUGAGGAAUUCGGAUGGUAAAUUCAAUGUAGAUAUUAGCGGAUGCACUGUGCUAGAAAAGCAAUGUUCGCACUUAAUUGACGAUUUUGCAUUAUUGUCAUGCGCUUUAAAUGCUACGCACAGCAACAAAUCACAAGUUGCAUUCAUUUGUCAGCACAAAAUAUGGACAUAUCAAGCAGAACUCCUUGACAAUAAUUACUUGGAUUUUAAGUUAAAACAACCAUGCCAAGAUGAAAUGAUAACAUCAGAAUGCCUGAAGCCAACGGAGUACGGCAUCGACUGUAUACUGAAGAAAAAACCAACUAUACGAAGUAAAAUUUGUUGGAGGACUAUAAAUAAAGUUGAAUCUUUAAUUUUCAAUGACUGGCAAAUCACGGGGAAUUUUUUGAGGAAGUGUUAUGAUGAUAUUCAGUCUUUUUCCUGUGGUAGAAUUCCCCCAGAUCCCAAAAGCCUGUCACAAACGCACACAUUGAAAUGUCUACUAAAUAAAGAACAGGAUUUAAAGCCGGAGUGCCAGGCUGAGAUGACUGCUCUCAAAGAAAUGAAGUAUAGCAUGUUGCAGCUAGAUAAAAUCAUAUUUGCAGCCUGUAAUUUGGACCAAAAGACGGUAUGUCCAGAUGAAUUGCCUGGGACUUGGAUGAUGUACAAAUGUCUAGUAGAUCAUAAAUAUGACAAUGCAAUGACAAAAAGGUGUCGCGAUCAACUAUUUUAUGACCAAAGAAAUAUGGUGAUGAACUACAGAAUGAGCAAAGGCUUGGUGAAAUCAUGUAAAGAAGACAUACGAAAAUACCACUGCCGGAAAGGUGUAGUGGAGGACAAAGAUGUUAGACUUGCUCAAAUUCUACUCUGCUUGGAAAACGUCUCUCAUAAUGAAAGUGCAAAGCUUGCCCCUGAUUGCUUGAUAGAAAUGACUGACCACAGAAAGAUGUUGAUGGAUGACUAUAGGUUGUCACCAGAAUUGAUGCAAAACUGUGCCAAUGACAUCAGUAUGCUGUGCAAGGGAGUUGAGUUAGGAGGCAAAACCAUCCACUGCUUAAUGGAUCAUGCUAGACCUAGACGAAGAAAAGAUAAAAGAAUCAGCAUGGCAUGCCAAAGAUCUUUAGAAGUAUUGGUACAGGAAGCUGACCCCGGUGAAGAUUGGAGAGUGGAUCCUAUUUUGAGGAAAGCUUGCAAGCCAGUGGUGGACUCAGCAUGUAAAGAAGUUGAUGGUGGAAAUGGCAGAGUGAUGUCUUGUCUCAUGGAAAAACUUGGAACCAAGGUUAUGUUGGAUGAAUGUGAAACAGCUUUGUUACAGAUACAGUAUUUUAUUUCUAGAGAUUUCAAGCUAGACCCCCAGCUGUACAAAGCCUGCAAAUAUGAUGCUGUUACUAAAUGCAAAGCUAAACUUCAAUGGGCUGACACCACUGAACACCAAUCUGAAAAGGAUCCCCUCAUAUUGCCUUGCUUGUAUAAUUAUGCUUACAAUUCUGAGCUAAAAGAAGAACUUAAACCAGCAUGUGAACAGCAGGUUCGAAAAGUUAUGAGGCAAAGAGCAGUAAAUGUAGAUCUGCUGCCAGAAAUUGAAGACUUUUGUAUUGAUGACUUAGCUAAGAUUUGCUUUGAGGGCACUGGUAAGGGAGAAGAAAUCAGAUGCUUACAAAGCAAGAUUAAAGAGUUGUCACCAAAAUGUAAAGAAGUGGUUGCAAACUUCACUGAGAUGCAGAGUGGUCACAUUGAACUGAAUGCUGUAGUGAACAAUAACUGCAGGAUGCAAAUCCAGAAACUGUGCUAUUCAGAACUGAAAAGUAAAAAAGAUGAUGAUGAUGUCAUGGAAUGUUUGAUUUCCCAUAAAAAUGAUCCAGAAAUUAAAGCUAAUGUCAAAUGUCGCGCUGCAAUAGAACAUGAGCAGCUGAUCUCAUUAAAAAACUAUAGAUUUACAAGAAAAUUUAAGAAUGCAUGUAAAUCUUAUGUAGUCAGAUAUUGUCCUAAAGCACAAACCAAAAGCCAAGUGGUAUCUUGUUUGAGUGAGAUUGUUAGGAAUGAUACUAUAACAAGGAGGAAACAUACAAUAUUAAAGGACUGUAGACAGCAGUUGAGAAGUCAACUAUUUCAGCAGAAGGAGAAUAUAGAAUUGGAUCCAGAGCUUCUGGAGGCUUGUAAUAAGGAUUUGAAAGAGUAUUGCCCAAAUGUGCCUCAUGGGGAAUCUGCUGCUUUAGAGUGCCUUCAAACAGCCAAGGGCAAGUUGAGUGACACCUGCAGGAGAGCCAUAUUUGUUGUCAGGAAGCAAGAGUUCAAUGACAACGCCAUUGAUUAUCACCUGAUCACUAGUUGUAAUGAUAUGAUUGAUUUAUACUGCCAUAAUACUGAGACAUCUAAAAUUUUGGACUGCUUGAAGGCUCAUAAACAGAAAACUGACUUUGAUGAGAAUUGCAAAAUUGUUAUAGUCAACAGAAUGAUUGAACAAAAUACAGACUACAGGUUCAAUAACAACUUGCAGAAUGCUUGUAAAGAUGACGUCAUGAAAUAUUGUUCAGAUAUAAUUGCACAUGAACCUCAAGAUGUAGAGCUCCAAGGAAAAGUAUUAUAUUGCUUGAAGGAGAAAUUCAGGGACUCAAAGCUGACAACACCGUGUGAGAAUGAGCUGGCCAAUGUACUGAAAGAACAAGCACUGAAUUAUCGUCUUGAUCCUUUACUUGGCAAAUUGUGUAAAGCAGAAAUCCAGACAAUAUGUGCUGUGCCUAAUGACUCCAUAACCAAUUCUGAUGGCCAGGUUGAAGAAUGCCUUAAAAAUGCCCUUCUCAAUCACAAAAUUGUGUCGGCUGAAUGUGCCCGUGAAGUGGUUCAGAUAAUAGAGGAAACGGAGGUGGAUAUUGAGGCAGACCCUUUGCUAGAGAGGGCGUGUGCAUUUGAUCUCUUAAAGUAUUGCAAGGAUCUCGAGCAUGGAGCUGGGCGACGUUUGAAAUGUUUGAAAAUCAUUCUGAAUGAUAGUACUAGAAAGUUAGAACCAGAUUGCCAGAAGGAGCUAUCAAGCAGAUUAGAAAUGUAUCGAUAUGUCGCAUCUGCAAACAUGGUUGAAAACUUUGGCGAUGUAUUCAACGAACUCUCAUCAUCUCCAUCAAAGAAGUAUUUCCUAGUUGUAUGCAUAUCUUUUGUAGGCUUAAUUUUUAUAUUUGGUUUAUAUUGUGGUCGCAUGACCAAAAGAGCUAUGUAUGUUAAAAGAAAAUAGGAUAUAAAUAUUUACAUAAUAAUUAAAUAAGGGUGAUUAUAAAAAUAAAAAACCGAACCUGCACUACAAGUAUAAAAGUACAAUUUAUGAACAAAUAUUCUAUUUAUGAACAAAAUAUAUUCUAUCUAUUCUUGUUAUUUAUUUCUAUUUUUCUUUCUUUUUAGUAAAUGUUAGUGAAUCUUAUAAUCCCAGUCAUCUAAAAACAUGCUUAGGUAAGGUGCAAGAUAUUUAGAGUGAUAGACACCAAUGGUAACAAUAAUUUGCAUUUAUUUAUUAAUCUCAAAUAAAACUUGUUGCAGGUUCGGUUUUUGAUUUUUCUGUUACCCAAGUUUUAUA